ACGCACAGCAACGUCCUGACGCAGUUCACGGAGGGUCCGGGCGGCGAGGGUCCGGGCUGGUCCGGGCAGGGAGGGACGCAUCUCGUGAGGGGCGCAGCCAGCGAGCUGACGCAGCGGCGUCCUGACGCAGCAGCGUCCAGCUUCAGUUCACGGAGGGUCCGCUCGGUUAGAGCUGGGUGUGAGUCACUCCGAGCCUUUACUGAUCUUUAUUUACAAUGAAGAAAUUAAAAAGGCCUCCAUCCUGACGUCCACGCUGUGGUCAAUGACAGUCUGUCGCGGCGUCGGUGACUGACAUGGAUGCUAGUGACAUUAAGGAUGUGAAGCUUUCACCUGAAGUGGAACCGUUCAUCCCACAGAAGAGAGGUCUUGAAGGAUCCCUUGUUAGCAUGAGUCUUUCUGGCGAGGCGGGUGGAGGAGGAGGAGGCGGUGGAGGCCUAGGAGGAGGCGGUGGAGGGGUGGAGACCACUCCCAUACCCAGCUACCUCAUCACCUGCUACCCUUUCGUUCAAGAGAACCAACCCAACAGGCAACAUCCGAUGUACAAUGGAGGGGAGCUGCGCUGGCAGCAGCCAAACCCCACCCCUGGAGGUCCAUACCUGGCCUACCCCAUCCUGUCUUCCCCCCAGCCUCCCGUGUCCAAUGACUACGCUUACUACCAGAUAAUGCCUGCCCCGUGCCCGCCCGUGAUGGGCUUCUAUCAGCCCUUCCCCGGCACGUAUGCAGCAGGCCCAGUCCAAGCUGGAAUGGUCAACCCUGUUUCAGCAGAUGUUGGUGAAAGGCCUCUGGGGCCAGCCUAUGGAAUGGCCAGUCAGAGGGGCAGAGGCAUGGUCCGGUCUAAUGUUCUCCCUAAGCAGCAACAUUUAGGUGUGUGCCAGCCUCCCCGGGGUCGCAGGCCUCCAACCAGAAAUGUAGCCGUGCAGAAGGAGGUGUGCGCGUUAGGGCCUGUCAAGACUGUCAUGUUAGUGGAUGCAGCGCAGCAGACGGAUUUCCCGGGAGAGAUGUCAGGGCGGUGUGCUGCUGAGCGGGUUAGUCCCCUGCUGUGGAAGAACCGAACAAAGAGACGACGGGCCUCCCACCCAGCGGAAAACUACAACGAGCAAGGCGCCAGCGAGGCAGACAUCGAUAGCGAUAGUGGCUACUGCAGCCCGAAACACAACCAGGCAGCUGGGGUCACACAACGGACAGCAGACAACACAGCAACACCUAUGGGAGUAGAAGCUGGUGUCAUGACAGCAGGAGGUUCCUGGGUAAAUGUAGCCUCUCAGGCAACCUCAAAGUCCUGGGGAGACAGAAAUGGCCAGUAUCACAGAGCCGAUCAGAGGAAGAAUCCUGAACAGAGAAACUUCUCACAGGAUUUCCACAGCGGCUAUCCUGGACGUCUGCCUCCAAACCAGUCAGAGCGGUUGCAGCCCGCUGCCGUCGCCGUCACAAACCUCACUCCAGAGCCCCUCUACUUUGAGGAUGAAGAUGAGUUUCCAGAGCUCCCUACUGGAGGGGCAGUUCAACGCAACAAUAAACCUGACUCUGCCCAGCCUCCAGCUCAGACACACACUCAACCCAAACUUCCCAAAAACUUGCUGGAUAACCUCCCAGAAAACUCCCCCAUCAACAUCGUGCAGACUCCUAUCCCCAUCACCACCUCUGUUCCCAAGAGGGCCAAAAGCCAGAGGAAGAAGGCUCUGGCUGCUGCUUUGGCCACUGCACAGGAGUACUCGGAAAUCAGCAUGGAGCAGAAGAAAUUACAGGAAGCAUUUACCAAAGCUGCAGGGAAAAAGAGUAAAACCUCUGUGGAGCUGGACCUGGGAGACAUGCUGGCAGCUUUGGAGAAGCAACAACAGGCUAUGAAGGCCAGGCAACUCACCAAUACCAAGCCGCUGUCUUUCACAGUUGGAACAACCACUCCAUUCCACAGCUCAGGCUCCACCAGCACGAUGAAGGCUCAUCAGCAGCAAUACUCAGCCCCACACAACACCCUGGACUCCACGGCACCCCGUAUGAAGAGGGGCAAGGAGAGGGAGAUCCCCAAAGUCAAGCGACCAACAGCCCUGAAGAAGAUUAUUUUAAAAGAACGGGAAGGAAAGAAGGGGAAACCAAGUGUAGAACAAGAGACACCAGGCCAUGAGGAGCCCGGGGAUGAGUGUCUGAACUUCACUGAUGAGCUUUCUCGAGAGCCCGUGUCCCAAGAAGAGAACGGUCUGAGCAUGCCCAGCGAUGCGUCCCUGUCCCCGGCCAGUCAGGCCUCUCCGUACAGCAUCACCCCGGUUUCCCAGGGCUCCCCUGCCAGCUCUGGCAUCGGGAGCCCCAUGGCUUCCAACGCCAUCACGAAGAUCCACAGCCGACGUUUCAGAGAGUACUGUAACCAGGUGCUGAGUAAGGAGAUCGAUGAGAGCGUGACACUGCUGUUGCAGGAGCUGGUUCGUUUCCAGGAGCGGGUCUACCAGAAGGAUCCCACAAAAGCCAAAUCCAAACGCCGCCUGGUCAUGGGCCUGCGGGAGGUCACCAAACACAUGAAGCUGCAUAAGAUCAAGUGUGUCAUCAUCUCUCCCAACUGUGAGAAGAUCCAGGCCAAAGGUGGCCUCGAUGAAGCUUUGUACAAUGUGAUCGCCAUGGCAAGAGAGCAGGAGAUCCCGUUUGUGUUCGCCUUGGGCAGAAAAGCCCUCGGACGCUGCGUCAACAAGCUCGUGCCCGUUAGCGUUGUGGGAAUUUUCAACUACUCUGGAGCUGAGGGACUCUUCAAUCGACUGGUGUCCCUGACGGAGGAGGCGAGGAAGGCCUACAAGGACAUGGUGUCAGCUCUGGAGCAGGAGCAGGCCGAGGAGGCCGUGAAAAACGACAAGAAAGUCCCCCAUCACAUGGGACACUCCCGGAACCCGUCCGCUGCUUCAGCCAUCUCCUUCUGCUCCAUCUUCUCUGAGCCCAUCUCAGAGGUCAAUGAGAAGGAGUAUGAGACGAACUGGAGAAGUAUGAUGGAUAAUUCCGACGCCCUGGAGCCUGUCGAGGCCGAACCAAGUCGGCCCGCACCUCCUGCAGCCGCUCAGAGGGACUCGGAGGCUCCGGCGGCCUCGUCCAGCUCCGCCCCGCCCGGCCCCACUGCCCCCCAGCCCAGAGCAGGACCCCCCGCACAGGGGGAGAAGGAGGAGGUGCGAGCGGACGACAAGCUGGAGCUGGCCUCCCAGCAGAGCACCGAGACCGCCUCGCUGGACGGCAGCUGCAGGGGGCCGCUCAACUCCUCCAUCACCUCCACCACCUCCACUCUGGUCCCGGGGAUGCUGGAGGAGGCUGAGGAGGAAGAGGAGGAGGAGGAGGACUACACUCCCGAGCCCAUUUCUGUGGAGGUGCGCACCCUGAACAGCCGCAUUGAAUCAUGGGUGACUAAGACCUUGGAAAACUUGCAGCUGGGAAAGAGCCAAGAGAGCACAGAGGAGGAGGAGGAGGAGGAAGAGGAUGAGGAGGAGGACGAGGAAGAGGAGCGAGGACAGAGCGAGGAGGAAGAUGACCUGGAUUCAGCAGAUGCGGCAGAGACCAGGUCAGAAGUCUCAGAACAAGCGGAGGCCAAGAAGCUGGUCGGGUGAAGUCCGCUCUCCGUUCAUUCCCUCCGUCACUCCCACUCAUCGUCGUCACGGCGACCAGCAGCCUUUCGUCUCUAAUCCCUGGCACCAGACAUAAUCUCAGGUAUCCACCAACUGACCAACGCUCACACACACAGACACACACACACACACACACACACACACACACACACCACCUCCAGCACGUCACAGAGGAACCGACCAACUCACACACACACACCAGACAACUGCUAGCAUGGUGUGAGGGAUAGAAACUAGCAGCGACAGAGGAAAACCUUCACCUCCUGAUUCACGUCGACGCCCAUUACCUGCAACACUUGAAUUCAGAGGGAAACUAGAUGUAUUUUUCUCCUCUGAACCUGAACUCUUUGAGAGUCUACAACGUUUUGUGGGAGCAAGUGAUGAGCGUGACAAAAAAAUUAAAUAAAUAAAGGAAAGACAACCCAGGAGUUACCGUGUGGCUCCAGUGGAGGAGGAAGGUCCCAUCGUACUUCAGUCAGAGCGCCGAAGGUUUACAGCUCUGCAAAGCAUUUGUGUGUUUUUACAGGAACAUGGUUUGCAUUUAUUUUUGCUGUGUGUUUGUUGGCUUUAUCCUUGUAAAUAACGAGUGUGUGUGUGUGUGUGUGUGUAUGAAAUUUCACCUCGCUGUUCUUCAUGAAAAAGGAGAGUUUUUUGUUUAUAACUUCUUUCCUCACAGAAUAAUAAAGUGUCGGGGGUCUCCGCACCGAAACCACUCCCUCCACUAAGUCUUCAGAAAGUGUUUCUUUUUUUUUUUUUUUUUUUUUAAAUGUUGAAAUAAUGUGUGUCUCAUUCUGUAUUCAGAUUCAAAUGAUUUAACUUCUAAGAAGCAGAACAAGCUUUGUGAAUAUAACCUUUGUCUAGGUGGUUCUCCUUCACUAUGUAAUGGUUUGUCAUAUUGAUCUUGCCUCGUGUGAAACUGUUUAGGGUUGUUUUGUUUCCUCUCUCUGAAUCGACUUGUCCUGAGUUACCAGAUGCUGUCUGUGCUUCAUCAGAAUCCUGCUCCUGUUCUGUUCUCUUCUGGUGGGGGGGGGGGAACCUCUGUUCUGCCUCUUACUAGGACUACAAGCAUUAAUCUUUAUCGCCCCCACCGUCUCCAUCUUUGUGGUGAAUUAUCAGAACUUAGCAGUGGAAGUGUCAGCACACGGCUCUGUGUUUGUAGUUUACAUCACUAUGAAAUGAAGUGUAAAGCCCCAAGACGAGCCGGAGUUUACUGGUAUUGAUGAAGCGAGAAAUCAGUCUUAUGUGUUUGUUAUUGAAUCCUUGCGGGGCCCGUCUGGUCUGACAGGCGGAUCACAUUUAGACUCACCUCAGCUGAUAGGCUGCCUCUGUGGGGCCGCGCGAUCGCCGCCAGUCACCACAAAAUCAUGCACACACGCCCAUGUAAAUACAAGUGUACAAAAGAGAUUUUGAUUUUUCAUUGUAUUAAAAAUAAUCCUAUUGUCCCUUUCUCAAAGCCAUUUGAUAGUUUAACAUUCUCGCAGUUGGAAUCAGAUUUGAUAUUUGGUAGUGAUUCAUAGUGAGAUUUCAGCCUGCGGAUUGUCUUGCAGUGAGUACAACGCAGCGUGUCGGGCCGUUUGCAAUGUGAAGCCCCACGGAGGGAGACGGCGGUGUCCCCGGCACCGCACAUCACAGAUCAUGAAAGUAUUACUGGCUUUGAUAGAAGGUACGCUGUGUGUCGGCCUUUUGUUGCUACAACAUCCAUCAGUGUUCGCCGUAUGUUCUUUGACAGAAAGUGUGAUUUUUUUUUUUUUUGCACUAUGUAAAUACAGUACUGGUAAAGGUCUUGUUACUAAUGUGAACUAAAAAAAACAAAAAAAC